AUGUCCGGUGAAGUGGGUGAGUGGCGCCGAAAAAGAAAAAAAAAUCAGCGAAAGCAAAAGAAAAAAGAUGAAGAAGAAAAACGUGAAAUUAACAAAAAGGAUACAAGUAAUAAUAAUGUAAUACGUCUCUUCUUCAAAAAAAAAAACAACUAA